AUGGGGGAGAAGAAGUGGGUGACAGUUGGUGACACAUCCCUCAGGAUUUACAAAUGGGUACCAGUAACAGAGCCCAAAGUUGAUGAUAAAAAUAAGAAUAAGAAAAAAGGCAAAGAUGAAAAAUGUGGAUCUGAAGUGACAACUCCAGAGAAUAGUUCCUCUCCAGGGAUGAUGGACAUGCAUGAUGACAAUAGCAACCAGAGUUCAAUAGCUGAUGCUUCUCCAAUAAAACAGGAGAACAGUAGUAACUCCAGUCCAGCACCAGAGCAGAACUCAGCAACACAAGCAGAUGGCACUGAAGUAAAGUCUGAUGAAAUUCAGACAGAUGCAAAGGAGCAGCCUGGUUCAGAAGAUACCUCUGAUGAGCAGAAUUCACAGUCUUCAAUGGAUAAUUCCAUGAAUAGUUCAGAGAAAGCAGACAUUCAGACCUCUGGAGAAAAUGAUAUAACAUCAGAGGCAUCUAAAAACUCUCAGGACUCUGAAGGAGUGCCACCUUCUAAAAAGAUGAAAGUAGAGGCUUCCCAACAAAAUGUUGAAGAGAUUUAGACUAUAGAUUUUCCUGGUCAGUUUUUAUGUAAGGUACAUCAGUGGGCUUAAUUAUAGAACAACCUUACUUAAGCAUCUUCUCUUGGAUGAGGACAGAACUCCUAACUUUUCAAGUUACCAAGCAAAAAUCCAAGAAAACCUAACAAAGGUUUAACUUCUCAGACACUGAAAACUUUUCUCCUGUGAAACAAACAUUGAGAACUUUUAAGUUACUGUCUCUGAAAUGGUUGGAGUAAACAACUCAGGAGGGGUCUACGCACUGUUUCUAAAGUCAGAAUUACAAUUAUGUUGCUGCUGUAUUUUUUUUUUUCAUUUCUCUAUUUAACAAUGUAAGAUAUUUAAGGAUGGUACAGGUCAGGUAUUAGCUUUCAUGUGAAGUUCAUUGUUCUGGCGUGAUGUCUGCUUUUGUUUUGUGCCUUGUGUUCUGAAAACAGUGCUAACUUUUAAAGUUGUUUUGCAACUGUCUCCUUUGCAAAGUGACCUAUGUUUGUAUAAUGCCAUGUAGUAAGUUUUGUUUGUUUUUUUUUGGUUUGGUUUUUUCUUUCUUUCUUUUCUUUUCUUUUCUUUUUUUUAAUUUUCAAUCCCUGGUGCUUAAAAAUUAACAAAAGGAGAUGAGAGAGAUUAGGAAGCCAUUUUCACACUUGGAGUCCAAGGAGACAAAGAAGCUUGAUAUUUUAUUUUUCUGCAGCUACAGUGGAGACCUUUUAUUGAAUGCACAGCAUUCACAAAUUGUAAAUCUGGUCUUUUAAACACUUGACUUCAGCAGAAGUUAACAAUUUAUUUACCAUUUAUAGGCCGGAUCUACAUAGAUAACGAAACGAUUCAAGUAGGUUAAAUAUUAGGUCCAGAUCUCUGUACUGGGUACAGUGUACAUUUUACAGAAGGGUUCCACUAUAAAUAAAGGAUCAAAGGGACUGAUAAAUAGCAAAUGUAUUUGAAAUGGUUUAUUUUGAUUAUCAGGUUUUCACUGAACUGGAUUUCAUUGUACUGUUCUUUGAUAAGAUGUUUACUGAUAUGUUCCAAUCUAUACUGUAUUGGGGUGUGUUGUUUUUUUUUUAAUUUUCACCAAGUCUUUGUAAAUAAGUCUUGUUUCCAUGAACUACGUUGGUAGGAAAGUUCCUUCCUUUUCAAUUAUGUUGAAGUCUGCUCAUUCUAGACUUGAAUGAGAGGUGCUGAGCAUGUGCAACUCCCUUCGAGUCAACAGCAUUUAGAGGUGCAGAGCAUCGACAAGGAUCAGGUCCUGAACACCUGCUCUCGCAGUAGACUUAGUACUUCCAUAGCGGUGCCGAGUCGUCUCGGCACCCAGCAACGGCAGUAGGAAUUACUUGUGUGAGUAAGGAAUAUUCACAUGAGAAAUAAGUGUUGCUGGGUUGGGUCCUUAAUCUUCUUUUGCUCGGUGCAGGAGAUGGACCUGGUAAUUCAAAUCAAGAUCCCACAUCUAUGAAAACGGUUGCGUAUAGUUUGUAAGCUAAGAACUGUAGAUAUUUUUUAAUGAUAAAAUUGCUUCCAGUCGAUACAUUUUCAUACUUAGCUCUUUGUAAUCUUAUUUAUUUCUGAAUUCUCCAAUGGUGAAAAUGGCUUGAGCUUUGACUACUGCAUUGCAUUUGCAAUUACCACUUUAAUUAUGAAACACAGCAUGGGGCGGGAAAAGUGGGGAGCCAAUGCUGACCUUCUAUAAGAUGUUUGCGGGAUUCAGCUCCAAAUAACUUGCUACGCUAAGUUUGGGAUUUUUUCCUUUAUGUUGAAAUAAACUUUUUGGAUCUUAACUAAA